AUGGAAUAUACGGACGAGAUUGACUUCCAGAGCUCGACUGAGGGAGUUCAAUGUUUACUACUGAUAUCUAUGCUCACCUUGCACAGUCGCUUCUUGGGAAUCAACCCUUGGUAUCUCAAUUACCAGUGCCUGGCCGCUGUGCUAGAUCUCGGCUUGCAACAGGACCUCGCAACCGGCCAACCGGUCGACGCUUUUGAACGUGAGAUGCGGACCAGGGUAUUCUGGGUCGUGUUUUCUAUGGAUAGAAUCAUUGCCACCACAUUGGGAAGACCGGUCGGCUUGAGGGAUGAAGCCUGUGACCUCAGGCUGCCGCAUGGCCUCGAAGACCACGAACUUGACGCAUUAAGAAAAUACAGCGACAAUCAAUCAUCGCCGCACGCUACUGAUAACAGUCCGGGAGCCAUCGCAUGCGCUGUAGUUCAUUUCAAGCUCGCCCUAGUGAACUCAGAAAUAAUGUACACGCUGCACAGCAUUUCGCCCAACGCGCCGCAGCACACGUACCCUCGAAUUCCAGACGUGGAAGCUUGGCAAAACGGCCUCUACGAUCGUCUGGUAGCUAUUCGCCGGUCCUUCCCAACUUUCGGAGACGAAAGCAAACACCUAUCGGUUCUCUGCGAAAUCAGAUACCAUGAGAUGGUCAUGCUCCUGUUCCGCCCGACGCCGCGGAUCCGGUCGCCGAGCAAAGACUCGCUGACGCACUGCUACCAGAGCGCCGAGGCUACCAUCCGCCUGUGGAAGGAGCUGUACAACUCCGAUAGGAUGUCGUAUUCGUGGACAAGCAUCCACUCGAUCUGUCUUAGCGCCAUCAUCAUCCUCUACUGCACCUGGAUGGUGCGCAAGCUGGCGCUAAAGACCGAGAUUGAUUCUCUCACGCAAACUAUGGUGGCGGCGUCCAAUCUGCUUAGUGCCGCCGGGGAGCAUUGGGUGGACGCGAGGCGCUGUCGCGACUCUCUUAACAAUUUGACCGCGGCCACCAUUCGCUGGCUAGUUACCUUGCGGUCGACACAACAACAGACUCAGACCAGGGUAGCAGCGGAUUCCGGCGCUCAGACGGAUCCAUAUGCGCCAUCAACGACGGUAAUUGAUGAUCCCACGAUGCAUACUGGGUAUCACGAACAGCAGGCUCUUUCUGGGGGCCAUGACGAGAUGGGAGCGCCGACCGUUAACUCCGAUUUCCCGUGGGUUGAUACGUAUAUCAACGGAGAGGAUCUAGCGUCACUCUUCAGGGCACCUAAUCCCUUCAACUCCGACCUUUCCCAGACAAUGGAGGGCAUGUUUAGUGACUAUCAGCCACUAUUCGAUUUUUAUCAAGGGAACGAUUUUAGCAUGACGAGCGUCAACGUCGAAUUGCUUCGACGUGUGGCAGCUAAAAAUAACAUCACAAUCCCCGACCACGAUAUUGAAGGCUAUUUAGCAGUUCUGCAAUCGGCAGAACUCACGGCUACAACUGUUGAAGCCUUGCCCGAUUAUGUUGACGAGAGGUUGUUGCCUACACCCACAAUUGGAGGGACUCGAGCAUACGCUCGGCCUCGCCCACAAAACAAUGACAUGAACGCAUGGAGCCACAGAACAAAUCUUGUCUCUGUGAAUCCAUCCUCGACUUUACUCAAGGGCAGAAGGGUCAUAGUCAAGGAUAACAUGUCUGUCGGGGGCGUUCCUUACACUUGCGGUACUUUCCCUCAGUUGAUUAGGAAAGGCAGCAACAAGUACCCCCUUUCGCCCAUUGACGCGUCAGUGGUCAAGCGGCUUCUCGACAAUGGAGCGACCAUUGCUGGAACGGCAACAUGCGAAAACUACUCGUUGACCCCCAUGUCAUACACAUCGGCUAACGGACCCGUCCACAACCCAUGGCUCAGAGGCUUCAACGCCGGCGGAAGCAGUAGCGGUGCAGCAUGCCUCCUAGGCCUCCGACUUGCGAGGCAAGCGGGAGUCCCCGGACUCCACGGUUCAGGAGAUGACGUGGGCAUGGCCCUUGGCGGAGACCAGGCCGGGUCUAUCCGAGUCCCUGCGGCGUACUGCGGCGUGUACGGGUUGAAGCCGACGCACGGCUUGGUACCCUAUACGGGUAUCGCGGGUUUACAUCCCAUGAUCGACCACGCUGGGCCACUGGCCGUGAAGUUGGAUGACAUCGCGUUGCUCCUGCAGGCGAUCGCGGGCUAUGAUGGACUGGACGGGCGAAUGGGCCCCAAGACGCCCCUCAGAAACAACGUCCAGCCGUAUUACGACGAACUACGACAAUUCACCCCUUCUGUGUUAAUUCAAGAGCAAAAGCAGCGAGGGCGACCGCUUCGAAUCGGAGUUAUCAGCGAGUCUUUGAUAUCCCCCCACACAUCCCCCGAGGUAGCGUCCGUGGUACGUGAGGCAGCUUUCACGCACUUUACCGCCGCCGGCGCGAUAGUCUCCGAAGUAUCGGUGCCAAUGCACCUUAUCGGUCCAUCAAUCUGGACGGCCUCGUGCCGGAACAACCUAGGGUUACUCGGGAUGGGAGGACGCGUUCCCGAUAUCCUGACGCAUAGCCUACCUCACUGGACACCACGGUGGCCACCAGAUCAGGAAAUGUUCGACCUCCUCACACACCACAACCCAGCAGUAAUACACGUCAUCUUUGGCGAGACGAUGCUCGCAGAGAGGUUCAGCCCAACGAUCCAGGCAAAAGCGCACCGCCAUGUGCUGCAGAUGCGCAAGGCGUACGACGAGGUCUUAGAGGAGUUCGACAUCGUCGUGACUCCGACUGCUCCGACGGUUGCGCCGCCGCACCCGGAUAUGAGGCGUGUCUCGGAGGGCGGCAGCACGGUUCUGGAUAAGGCGAUGUUGGCGCUGGGGGCGAUGAACAAUACGUGCCAGUUCAACGCCACUGGACACCCGGCUUUGAGCGUUCCUUGCGGCUGGGCGACGGCAUGCGACGGUGAAAGUAAAUUGCCGGUAGGAAUGCAGCUGGUCGGCAAGCGCUGGGAUGACCUUGGUGUGCUGAAGGCUGCGAGAGUGUUCGAGAUGGGCGGCGGUGGGCUUGGGGCUUGGCCUGGGGCGGAGAAAAUGACCCGUGUCAACGGGCGAGGUAAGCUGUAG